UUAAUGACACUCUUUCCCUUACACAAUCAGGCAGUAGUGGAGUCAAUGGCUGAGCAGAACUAUACCACUGUGACAGAGUUCAUUCUCAUUGGCUUCACUGACCAUCCCAACUUGGUGGUUAUUCUCUUCCUGGUUUUUCUCAGUUUCUAUCUCAUCACCCUGAUGGGCAACAUGGGCAUGGUCCUACUGAUCUGCUUGGAUUCCCGUCUCCAUACCCCCAUGUACUUCUUCCUGAGCCACCUCUCCCUCCUGGAUGCUUGCUACUCUUCAGUCAUUGUUCCUCAGAUCUUGGUCACCCUGGUGACUGGCAGGACAAGUAUCUCCUACAAUUCAUGUGCUACUCAGUUCUUCUUUUUCACAGUCUGUGCUGGCACAGAGUGUUUUAUGUUAUCAGUGAUGGCCUAUGACCGUUAUGUUGCCGUUAGCAAUCCUCUCCUAUACUCCUCAGCCAUGACACUGGGCACUCGUUGGGGCUUGGUGGCAGGGGCCUAUGGCGGUGGUUUGUCAGGAGCUAUCCUCCGCACAGCCUGCACAUUCACGCUUUCCUUCUGUGGGCCCAACCAGAUCAACUUCUUCUUUUGUGAUCUCCCACCUCUG